CGCUUCCCUCCCCGGGUACACAAACACCCUGAGUCAACAGCUGACUGCCUACAGGCUCGCAAGGACAAGCGAUGGACUCGGAUGGCUCGCGAUCUAUUCUCAUGUCGCCUUCAACCCGUGACGGAACUCCUCUGCGUGGGACAGGCGGGCCCAUACGCUCGGAGAUUCCAAGGUCGGACCCUGGUGCCGACGCUCGUUCCGCAUCAAGACGCUAUCGCCUUGCACAGGCCUGCGACAGGUGCCAUAAACGCAAGCAAAAGUGCGAUGGUCAGGCACAGUGUGGCCCCUGUGCUGCAGCUGGUGUCGAGUGUACCUUGACAGACAAGGUCACUCAAAAGACUUAUCCGCGUUCCCAUCUGCCAGAGCUCGAGGAACGCAUCUACUGGCUCGAGAAUAUGAUCCAUCAAGCAAGGCCGGGGCUCAACAUAAGGCAUAUACCGACAGGGACUGCCUGUGGUCUGGACGACGCGCCGUCGCUGGCGCACUUGAGAAGGUCAAGAUCACCACGCAGCGGUGCUGGGUCUUCAUCCAGUGCAGGGGGUAAGGGCAUCGCAAUACCACCACCAGCAGAGCUCAACAAGCUCGCAAUGCCGGAAGGGAUGGAGCCAAAGGGUAACCUAUUCCUUGAUCCAUCUCUCGAGAGCGAUGAGGGCUUCCUGCCGGCAGGUGCUGGCAAGGCCUAUGGUCACUACAUGCGCAACACAAAUCUUAGUCAGGAACUUGCUCCCAUCAGGCCCAAUAUAUCAACGCCAACCAUGCUAUUCAGCAAGACGAUUCGCGCGGGAGCACAAAUUGGACAUGCAGGAAACGACACCUAUCCUCCCUACGAAGUCGCGCAGUUGCUUGUGAGCAACUACUUCAACCAUUCUCAUACACAAGCCCCGUUUCUGCAUCAUCCGAGUGUGCAGCAACGCUUCACUGCCUUCUAUGCGACAAACUUCCAAGACACACAGCCAACCUGGUGUUUCAUCUUUUUAAUGGUCUUGGCUAUUGGUGAGACCACGCUGGAAAGGUCCGAGGCGUUGAAUGGGCGCAAAGUACAGCGCGAAGGCAAUUAUCACUUUUUCGAGUCAGCCAUGGAGUUGCUCGAGGAUGCCAUUGACAAGACGUCCAUUACCACGGUGCAAUGUCUGCUGUUGAUGGCAACCUACGCGCUGCAACAUCCACAAGCUCUCAGCAUUUAUCGAAUCGUCGGCUACGCCAUGCGACUCUGCAUUGAAUUAUCCCUGCAUCGCACACAAUCAAAGAAGAAGUCCCUAACGCCACUGGAUCGCGAGAUGCGCAAACGCAUCUUCUGGAGUGCUUAUUCCUUGGACCGGUUCGCCAGUAUCUCGCUUGGCCGGCCUUGCUCCAUUGCAGAUGAGAAUGUCUCUUGCGAAUUGCCACUUGAUAUCGACGAUGGCAUGAUUCGUCAAAACAUGGUGCUUUCGUUGCCAGAUGGAGCAGUGUCGGAGAUGACUUUUUCCCUUGCCAUCUUUAAGCUGAGACGUAUUGCUGGACGCAUUAUUCAGCAGCUCUACUGCGUGAGCAACCUAUCUGCACAUGCGCAGUCCGCUCUAGUGGAUCGCUUCGUCUCUGAGCUCGAAGUCUGGCGACUGACGAUCCCAUCAUCCAGUCAAUUACAGGAAGACGAGUCCAUUGUGCCGAGCUGCUACAAGUCUGAGGAUUGGUUCCAUCUCGGCUACUUCCACGCUCGACUCUUACUCUUCCGCCUACUGGCCCCCAAGGGCAACCCGCGCGAUCUCAGGUAUUGCGCUGAAGCGGCCCUAGCAACGGUGCGGUUGUAUGCUAAACUCCUCGAGCGCCGCUUGCUCAACAUCAAUUGGGCGACACUCGCCAUGUGCUUCACAGCCGGUGUCACUCUAUUGUGGUGCGUCUGGCUCUCCCCGGGUAACUCGCUGGAACCGAGCAUUUCCAUGGCUGAAGUGACCAAAGGUAUUGAGCACACUGAAACUGUCUUGGCGGCGCUGGGUGGAUCUUGGGAUACUGCACAGAAAUGCAUCACCUUAUUUAGGGAGCUAUGCAGCUCAGUCGUUGUGUCAAGGCCACAGGACGGAGGUUUGGAAAUCGGCGGCAAUGUGCUGGACUUGUUUGAUGCAUUUGCCAUGCCUGGUGAUGAGCAGCGCAGUGAGGUCUUUAUGAAUGGCAAUGCAACAGAUGGUCAAAAGGAGGAUGGCGACUUGAGCCACGCAGACAUUCAUGGCACGGGCACUGAGCCCACGGACAUGUACACGCCAUUCAUCGAGUCGCUUGCCGGCGCCGAUUCUGUCGAGGGCUUUGAGAAUAUCGGCUACUUGACGGGAGGCUUCCAGGCAUUUUAGGCCUCCUCAUCUUUGCUAGAUAGCUAAGUGACAAUGAGCAUAGAGCUCAAGCUUAUUCU